GUGGUUCUAGUCGGCGGCAACCCUGGCAUCCCCCACUUCUACUGCGACUUCGGUGAGAAGUUGCAGGAGGCCCUCUUUGCACAUGGCCUGGGAGCUACAACGAUAUACUGCCUGGGCUACGUCAACUUCCCGACCACUGCAGAGGGCGCUAGCGCCAGGGAGGAAUCAGGGGCUGCCAGCUUGGACGAGGAGGCUGCAGCGAUCUCGACGGCUCUGGCAUCCCUCCAGGAGCAACAUCGUGGGGCUGGGGUCAUCCUCCUUGGCCAUUCCAUCGGUUCCUGGCUUGUGAUGCAACAUCUGAAGGAAGCAUCCGAUGAGCUCUUGGCCGAGAUCCGGCACGUGGUGCUCGCCAUGCC